UUCAAUGAGUUACUGUGCCACUUCAUUUGGGUGGCGUCAGUAACACACUCCCCCCUCUGUUUCAACUGGUUUGAAACCUGAUCCUUGUGUGGGUUAUUUCACAAUUCCCUUCCCUCUUUUUAAGACUACAGAACCCCACCCGUGUGUUAAAGUGCACUGUGCUCACAAGCAUGACACACUGCGGGGUGAUAAGUUGAAAAACGACCUGUGAGUGACACGUUUACCAUGAGUGACUCGAACGGAACUCUUAGGAGGAGGGCGACUCUUGCUGCGUUCAGGGGCGCGGGUCUGAGGCCGGAGAACGGGAGCUCUGCGGGGCCGCCGGCGAGCUCAGGGACCGCCGACCGGACCGCUCACGAUGGGCCGAAGAAACGAGACCUUUCUCUGGAGCGACCCACCAAGAAGAGUGAGAAAAAGAAACGCAAUAACGAAGUGAGCGACAGGUUGGGCUGUCACAAGACAAGAGAGUCCCUUCUGAGUUCAGCCAGUGGUUACAACAACUACAGAGGGGUGCUCAACUGGUGUGUGGUGCUGCUGGUCCUGAGUAAUGCACGCCUCUUCUUGGAAAACCUGUUAAGGUACGGUAUUCUAGUUGACCCUAUUCAGGUGGUCUCCUUGUUCCUGAAUGAUCCCUACAGCUGGCCUGCAGGAUGCCUGGUGAUUGUGUCCAACGUGUUCAUUCUGGUGGCUCUCUACACCGAGAGACAGCUGUCAAAGGGUUCAUUCAGCGAACUUGCUGGAUUUCUGGUCCAUUGCAUAAACAUGGCAAUCAUGCUCACAUUCCCUGCUAUAGUGGUGCUACUGGUUCCUUCCAUGACCCCAGUUGGCGGUUUGUUUGCACUGGGUGUUCACACCAUCCUCUUCCUAAAGCUGUACUCCUACAAGGAUGUCAACUUAUGGUGCAGGGAACUGAGCACCGCAAAGGCCAAGAAACUGGCCAGAUCUCUGUCCUGUCCUUCGCCUCAGCACUUUAAUGGAGGCAGCAGUAAGGUGUGCUAUCCUGGAAACCUCACAGUUAGAGAUAUGUAUUACUUUGUCUUUGCUCCAACUCUCUGCUAUGAGCUCAACUUCCCUCGUUCCUCUAAGAUUCGCAUGGGAUUCCUGCUGAGAAGACUGUUUGAGAUGCUGUUUUUCACCCAGAUGUUAGUGGCCCUUACUCAGCAGUGGAUGAUCCCCAUCAUUCAAAGCUCCAUGAAACCGCUAGAGGACAUGGAUCUGUCCAGGAUGGCUGAGAGACUCUUACGUUUAGCUGUUCCUAAUCACUUGAUGUGGUUGAUGUUUUUCUACUGGUUCUUCCAUUCCUCUCUGAACUUCACUGCUGAGCUGCUGUGCUUUGGAGACAGACAGUUUUACAGGGACUGGUGGAAUUCUGAGACGGUGACAUAUUUCUGGCAGAACUGGAACAUCCCUGUACACAAGUGGUGUCUACGCCACUUUUACAAGCCACUGCUGAGGAGAGGAUUCAGUAAGAUAGUCAGCCAAUCAGCUGUCUUCUUCUUGUCAGCUUUCUUCCAUGAGUAUUUGGUGAGUGUUCCUCUCAGGAUGUUCAGACUUUGGGCUUUUACAGGCAUGAUGGCACAGCUUCCAUUAGCCUGGUUUGUUGGACAGUUUCUGCGGGGUAACUACGGUAAUGCUGCAGUGUGGAUGUCCAUCAUCAUUGGUCAGCCAUUCGCUAUCCUCAUGUACGUCCAUGACUACUAUGUGAUGCACUACAGAAAGGAGGCCAACUAAGAUGCACAGAGGUCAAACGGUUUUCAACAUGUCUUCUUAUUCAAUCCUACCUCCAUCUCUUUAGUACGAACAGGCUCAUUGAUUGCUCUAGAUGAGCUGAUCACAGCGUCUAUCUUACGGAUAUACCAUGUUUACAUUAAACACCUUAACCUAUCUAAUAAUAUUUUACAAGGGAAAGAAGAGCAGAAUAUUGAUGUUGAACACUAAAGUAACUUAAGGAAGAGAGGAAUGCAGAGUUAUACUCGGGUAAUUGCCACUCCAGAGUCUUAUUAGAACCUCUAAUGGUCAAUCUGGGCUAAAGUUUCACUUGAACGGAAAUUGUAUUGUUUUUAGGAUGUUGUUUACUUUCCUAAUAUUGUGUAUAUUUUAGUCCUCCUUAGCUCUGUGCAAGAAUAGUGUAAUUAUGGCGGCUAAAUUUGAUCAUGUCAUUUGUCUGUUGUUGAACUUAGGAAGGUUUUAUGAUCCACUUCCAUUUAGCAGAUGUAAUCUCUGAUUUUACUGUGAAUUGGGGAAUGAAUGUAUUCUGCUAAAAUUAUACAAAUCUAGCAUUUUGGUCUGGUUAUUAUACUUCUUGUUAAGAAACCAGCAUUGAUAUAAGACAACUCUUGCUGUAAUACAGAUAGUGAUUCUAUAUUUUUGUUGAUCAGAAAAGCCACAAAAAAUGUAUACAUUUUUCUCUUGUUGUUACUGUAUAUCUGGGGACUAUUGCCAAGUAACCAUGUCUGGCCAAAUGUCAUUUACAAUGUGUAUGUGUGUGUGAAAUUUUUUUUGUAAAGAGUUGUUUUUUUAAAACUAAAAUUUCAUAAAUCAUUUUCUGUCAUUA